CGUACUCUUCCGUCGAGUGUUACCGGUCUUUGGUGGUUACAAAGCCUUAUUCCGAAAUAGGAGCCUGACGCAAACGCCGUCUCAAAAAGACCUUACUGUCUGUCCUCUCGUUCUCUUGUACUCAGACACACAUGGGUACAUUUAUUCUAAAGCAGUUGCAAAUUCUGUUGUAAACAAAACCCGACCAACUUGGUUGGACUCGGCCGUGCGCUUAUCUUUGUUUGAGUGUGGACAUAAUCGCCAGGCGACUUUUAUUGGUGAGACAAAAUUACUCAAUUCGUGAAGAGACCCAAAUGGCAACCAACUAACCCCUACUACAUCCAACCAACCAACCAUCCAUCCUUUUAAUUAGAGAUCGUCAACUGUUACUUGUUAACAUCGUUUUCUGCUUAUUGAGACUCUAUUCAUCAUUCAUCAUCGUCUCUCACUUAUCAUCAUUCAACUCCAUUCAGGACAACAUGUUUCGUGCGAGUCCAAUCCCACCCCGCCCACGGUCACCGCCUCCCCAAGAAGGGUCGCCUGGGCCAUUGAAGAUCAAUGAAGAUCCGAUGUCGCCUCGAUCAGAGCACGAUGCCAACCCGAUCUCCUCGUCCCAAGACAAGGAUGAUCCUCAACAGCAUUAUUGCCUCAAGUGGAACAACUACCAAACCAACCUGACCUCCGUGUUUGAUCAUUUGUUGCAAACCGAGGCCUUUGUGGAUGUGACCCUGACCUCGGAGGGUCAAGUGAUCAAAUGCCACAAAGUGGUUCUGUCUGCUUGCAGUCCGUAUUUUCAAUCCCUUUUGUCGGGAAACCCCUCCCAACAUCCCAUUGUGAUUCUCCGGGACAUCCCUUGGGCUGAUCUCAAAUAUAUCGUCGAGUACAUGUACCGAGGUGAAAUCAAUGUAGGUCAAGACGAGUUGCCUUCAGUCUUAAAAUCCUCUGAGGCCUUGAACAUUCGGGGUCUCGUUGAUUUUCGCUCCAGUAACCAGGGCCAGCUCUCCAGUCCCAACAAGGACGUGGAAUUAAAACCAUGCUCGAACAAAGGCCCGCCCCCUUUGAUCGAUUUUCGACCUCACAAACGAAAGCGAACCUCCUCGUCGUCGUUCGAUGAACCCAACGUCAUCUCCCCCUCGUUGUCCCGACCCGAGCCCACGGAUCCCCAUUCGCCAUACCAUACUAGAGAAGACUGUUCAGCCUUGGAGAUGGGAUUGCCCUUGGGUCCCCCCUCGAUGAGUUCUUCCUUUCAAACCCGAACCUCACACCCGGCUCGGUCUCCGUCGUCUAGUCAGUCAACGCCCCAAGGGGCACACUCGGCGGCGGGCUCAUCCUCACAUUCGAUAAGCAAACCCAAGAAUCAAAUCCCCUCCGACGAUUUAUCGGAUGUGAAGCCAGGAAUUAUGGAACUCAUACAAGAGGAGCGGCGGGCUAAACUUUUGGAAGCUUCACAGAUUACACACUCUUGGAUGAAUCAUCAUCAUCAUCAACAACAACAACAACAACAACAGAAAACCGGCGCAUCUGGAACUAGUUUAUCAAACGUCAGGAGGGAAUCCUCACCAAUUCCAGGUUCAAGCUCAUGCUAUCAGUAUCAGCUUCAGUCAAUGUGGCAAAAGUGUUGGAACCAGAAUGCUUCAGCCCUUCAAUCCAUGCGCUAUCGCGAGCGUGGCCCAAUGAAGUCUUGGCGUCCGGAAACCAUGGCCGAAGCCAUUUGGUCCGUCCUGCAAGAUGGCCUUUCCUUAUCCCAAGCGGCCCGAAAACACGACAUUCCCUAUCCAACAUUUGUGCUCUAUGCCAAUCGUGUUCAUAACAUGCUCGGACCCUCGGUUAUGGACGGUUCACCCACCAUUGGAGAGCUUCGCCCCAAAGGACGAGGACGGCCGCAGCGCAUUCUAUUGGGCAAUUGGCCCGAGGAGCACGUGCGGCAGGUGAUUCGGGCCGUGGUGUUCCGAGAUGGAACCACCCCUACUUAUGGGAAUAGUCAUAUGGCCUCAUCCUCCUCGUCUACCUUGGCCUCUAGAACCCCAGCCAACCAGCCACAUUCGUCUCAAGGGAGGCGUUCACCCACUUUAUCAAUGCGUGGGUCACCCUUGAGCGCUGGUCGACGAGCCUCAGCUUCAUCCACGACUUUGAGUCCAAUAGAAGAGGCUGGUUCUGGCGCCGUGCCUCCUCCGGGUUGUGGCAACAAUUUAAGCUCAGCCCAGGAGCAAUUGGCAGCCCAGUUCCAGCAAAUCUAUAGCAACCACUUAAAUCAAUUUGCCCAUUCACUGGGCUCAUUCGGCGGUGCGCCCACGACCGGUCAACCUAUGGUCAAACCGGAGAAAGAAAACCUUCUGCUCGACCACGGUUCGUUGACCUCGUUUCUGUCGCCUACCAACCAUCCAAGCAGCCACAAUUUUGAAGAUGCCGAUGAUGAGUGUGAUGGUCAUAACGGGGAGACCAUGAUUCCGUCGCUGAGAAAACGAGACUUGAGAAUCAAUCCUUCGUCACAGACAUCGAUCGUGUCGGAGCCGGAUGGAAUCGAACAUGCUCAUUCGGAACGGCUUGCAAGCUCGCAGCUCAGCUCCUUUGAAGGAACUCAACAUGGAAAGCGUGAUUUAGACGAAAGUAUCAUAAAACUCCGCGAGAGAAGAAUGAAAAUGAUGAUGAUGAUCAAGGGACAAGAGGAGGGGGGCUGCAGUGAAAACCGCCCAUUAGGAUCUGGGACUGUCCAAACUUCGCCAUGCACCUCCAGCACGACCAAUAGCGCGAAGGGCGCCACUGACCCUCCUCGCACAUCAAUGGCGGCCAGUGAGGCUGUUGUUUCGGUUCAAAUGAGCCACGAUCCCAUGAAUCUAGCCAACUCUUCUUGGAACCAUUGUUCGUCCAAUGGAGCCAACAUCAGCCCGCCCAGUGACGAAACAACCUGAACGGGGGGCCUUGGCCGGGUUGAUCGGGGAAGCAAUUGGCUUGGGAGUGAAUUUUUACUACCCUGGUAACAAAUUAUCAACUUGAAUCAGUAUUUUGUUUACACAUACCACUUACCCAACUAGUUGAACUCGUGUUUGUUUUUAUUGCCCACCAUUGAUUUGACGAGACAGAAGAACUGUUUGUGUCCAUCGUCUGAUUCUGUAUUUCCGUAAAUAUUGAGGGCUUAUCACAACCUAAGCUGUGAGUCACGUCGCGCCAUUCCUUUUCGUGUUAUUCGUACCUUCUAAUAUACAUUUUCGGGAACGUUGCUCACGGGGAUGGGAUGAACGGACUUGGCUUUGGCCUUAAUCCCGAAAAGGUGAAAAAAAAAUUACUUGCCCAAUAGAACAGCUUUGAACGGUUUGUUUUCUCAUUAAAAGUACGAUAACAAAGCCUUAAAUGUCCGACCCGUCUAAAAAUGAACUACCAAACCGACAUUGCAAAAUAUGCAAAACGGCCUUUUUUAUACAUUUUUGUGACCUUUUGCCCAAAGCUACGCUCUUUCUAAUAAAAAUUAUCGUCAGGCACUCCACAAACCGUAUACUAAAGACCAACGUUUUCAGUCCACAUAGCUUCAUUUGGUUCGGAUGGUCUUAAUUUCCCGCCCCUAAUUAAUGCACUGAUGAUUCAGCUGUUCAAGUCGAGUCAGAAAUUGUUUCGGAAUAAAUCUAAUUACGUCCUCUUAA